ACAAGUACCACAGAAACCAGUGGAAGUACCUCAACAAGCACCACCAAAACCAGUGAACCCACUUCAACAAGUACCACAGAAACCAGUGCAACCACCUCAACAUCCACCACAGAAACCAGUGAACCCAAUUCAACAAUUACCACAGAAACCAGUGCAACCACCUCAACAAGUACCACAAAAACCAGUGAAACCACCUCAACAAGUACUACUGAAACCACUGAACCCACCUCAACAAGUAUCACCGAAACCACUGAACCCACCUCAACAAGCACCACAAAAACCAGUGAACCCACUUCAACAAGUACCACAGAAACCAGUGGAAGUACCUCAACAAGAACCACCAAAACCAGUGAACCCACUUCAACAAGUACCACAGUAACCAGUGAAACCACCUCAACAUCCACCACAAAAACCAGUGAAACCACUUCAAUAAGCACCACAGAAACCAGUGCAACGACCACAACAAGAACCAAAGAAACCAGUGCAAGUACCACAACAAGCACCAUAGAAACCAUGUACCCACCUCAACAAGCACAAAAACCAGUUGAAUCACUUCAACAGGUACCACAGAAACCAGUGGAAGUACCUCAACAAGCUACACGCAAACCAGUGAAGUCACCACAUUCAGAACCACAGAAACCAGUGAAGCCACUUCAACAGAAAACCAGUGCAACCACCUCAACAAGUACCACAAAAACCAGUGAAACCACCUCAACAGGUACCACUGAAACCACUGAACCCACCUCAACAAGUACCACCAAAACCACUGAACCCACCUCAACAAGCACCACAAAAAGCUGUGAACCUACCUCAACAAUUACCACAGAAACCAGUGGAAGUACCUCAACAAGCACCACCAAAACCAGUGAACCCACUUCAACAGGUACCACAGAAACCAGUACAACCACCUCAACAUGCACCACAAAAACCAGCGAAACCACUUCAACAGGUACCACAGACACCAGUGCAACCACUGCAACAAGCACCACAAAAACCAGUGAACCCACUUCAACAAGGACUACAGAAACCAGCAGAAGUACCUCAACAAGCACUACCAAAAUUAGUGAUCCCACUUCAACAAGCACCACAGAAACCACAAGUACCACAGAAACCAGUGGAAGCACCACAACAAGCACCACAGAAACCAGUGAAACCACCUCAACAGGUACCACAGAAACCAGUGUACACACCUCAACAAGCACAAAAACCAGUGAACCUACUUCAACAAGUACCACAGAAACCAGUGGAAGUACCUCCAAAAGCACCACCAAAACUAGUAAACCCACUUCAACAAGUACCACAGAAACCAGUGCAACCACCUCAACAAGUACCACAAAAACCAGUGAAACCACCUCAACA